AUGGCGGACGAAAAGCCGACUUUGCUGGAGCACGAGUGGGUGGAAUUCAGUGCCAGAGUCAGAAGAGUGUGCAAACGCUCAGCGGCGCUCACGCUGAGUGCGGCGAUAAUUUCGUUUGGGUUACUCAUCGCGUCGAUCACGUGUGUGUUCGCGCUGCGAUAUAUCGUCGUUCCGCGCGGUCCGGCGUCGCUCUCGCAAGAUCUAGUGUUCGACUACACCGCCGCGGCGCCGGUGGCGAGAGUGAGUUUCAUACCGCAGAAGUUCGCAAAUACGGGCGAAUCGAAACCGCGGAAAGGACGAAUUGUGAGCGCGAAGCAAAACUUUGACGUGGACAUCGAGUUUGUCGUCCCAGACAGCGAGUAUAACGUAAACGUUGGUAUGUUUCAAGUGAAUGCAAAGUUGCUGACUCCAAGUGGGAAAACUUUACUCGAGAGAUCUCGACCUGGAAUCGUGAAAUACACGUCCAAGGAAGUGAAAUGGCUCAAAACAAUUGUAUGGUGGCCGUUUCACGCUCUGGGGUUGAUUGAAGAGCAGCAAAACGUGCGCGUCGCAAUGGUACAAAACUACAAAGAAGAUAGUGAGUCUCCGUUCACGGACAUUGAAGUGACAAUGAAACCGCACGCUGGAAGUGCCAGGUUACCGCAAAUAUAUGAGGCCCGCGCAAUCGUUCAUUUAAGUAUGAAUUUUGUUGCCAAGCUGCUAUAUUUCUACCCCAUCGCGUCGUCCUUUGUUCUCGUUGGGCUGUUCUGGUCGGGUUUCAGCUUUGCCGCCUUUGUGUCGACGGUCAUUUCUUUGCUUAUCAUGGGGAGUAAAAUCGACGAAAAAGAUGCAGAAUCUCCCAUGAAACCGGACGAGAUCGGAAAAUACGCUAGAGCGAUCGCGGAUGCGAUGGAUUCCGCCGAAAGCUCGCAGGCACCGGCGCAUACGACAAACGGGAUGAUGGACGAAGGUUUGCGGCGGCGAAAUGUCUCUCCGUCAUCUUAG